UAAAGAAAAUAAAAUAAUGAAAGUUUAAAUUAAAACCACUCAAAAGAGAAAGAAAAGAGCUUGGCUAUCUAUCUUCCAACAAAACUUCCGUGCUUCACUGCUCUUCUCAACCAGACAUUCUCUAAGCUCAGAAUCUUCGCCAUGAAAACGUAAAGAAGAAACACAAAGACCCAGCUCUCAAAAAAACCAGCAGCCAUGUCUUUUCUUCUCUCUAAUCUAUCACCUUCGAUACUUCUCCAAACCGGAAAAUCCCCAAACCUUAGACCCAUCUUCACUCCAUCUCAAUCGACAUCGUCUUCAACAGGCUACGUGUUUGAUGAAGAUAGUCUCUCUACACUCUCCCUUUCUUCCGUCCAGUCUCCUCCUCUUCAAGAUGCCCAGGUUAAGACAAAACCCACUCCGCAAGACAAGCAUAACCACGACAGAGAUGAGUUCUACAUCAAUCUCGGUCUCGCUGUCCGUACGCUUCGUGAAGAUUUGCCUUUAAUCUUCGCUAAAGAUCUAAACUACGACAUCUACAGGGAUGAUGUAACGUUUGUGGAUCCAAUGAACACAUUCAGUGGGAUUGAGAACUACAAGUUGAUCUUCUGGGCACUCAGGUUUCACGGGAAGAUAUUGUUCAGAGACAUCUCACUUGAGAUCUUCAGGGUAUGGCAACCAUCAGAGAACAUGAUUCUUAUCAGGUGGACUCUCAAGGGAGUGCCUAGAGUCCCAUGGGAAGCUAAAGGAGAGUUUCAAGGCACUUCUCGGUAUAAACUCGACCGUAAUGGCAAAAUCUAUGAGCAUAAAGUCGAUAACUUGGCCUUCAACUUCCCUCAUCAGCUCAAACCAGCAGCUUCGGUUUUGGAUUUGGUCACUGCUUCCCCUGCAAGUAGUCCCCAUCCAACCUUCUUUUCCGGUCCUGUCGACUCGUGUUCAUCUUCAUGGAUCGAGUUCUACCAAGCGGUGAGGCGGACAGUGGACAAGACAGAGCAUAUGCUUGUGACAGACAGACUAAUCACAUGCUCGUAGUGGAAGUAGAGUUGUUAUACACAUACUCAGAGACACACCCUUCUCAGGUGUAUAUAGGUUUUACAUUUUGAAGGUUGUAUAAUAUAAUAUAUUGUGAGUAGAUCUGGUUGACUUUAAGCUUUUGAGGAAACAUAAAAGUGUAAUGUCAUUGCAGAAGCUUUAUACAACUUUGUCACUACA